AUGAUAUUAACUCAAAUUAUCACGCUCAUUAUAUACAAAUACUAAUACUUUAUAGCAAAUAUAGCUAACAUAGAUAGUUAACAUUAAUCUUAGGAAGAAUAAAUUCUCAAAUAUAUCGUCUAUCCUAUAUACCUUAUAAAUGUAUCACUUUUAAUACAAUCUAUAUGUUUAAUUCAAAUACCAAUAAUAGAUCAAAUUAUAAAUAAUGUAUUAUUGCAAUCCUCACCUUAUGUAGUAUUAAACAUUAAUUUCAUAAUAUUGUUUAUUUUAAUAGCAUUCAUUUUGACUGACAACAUGAAUUAAAAUUGUAUUACAAUAUUAAGACUCAUACUUAAAAACUAUGAUAAAAUAUGCUUGAUUCCAUUUUAAAUAAUAACCCUCAAUUAUAUGAGCAGUUAGAUUGAAUAAACAAUCGUCUAGGUGAUAAAUACGAUUAUUAUUUAUUUGUUUAGUUUAAAUCAGAACUACUAUUUUUAACCAAUUAACUUUCUGCCGAAUAAUGCGAAUAGAGUAUUCACAAAGUUUCAGGUAAUAAAACCAUUAGUAAUCCAGUAGAUCUUAAUUUUUCAAUAGUAUUUCCACAUCAAUCUAUAUCUUCAAUACUUCUUAUUAUUUCACUGGCUUUGCGCUUUUAUUGAAAUGAUGAUGGAAGUAUUGCAAUAUCAUAAUGGGUUUAUAAUUUAUGAAUCUAACAUACACUCCUUUUCCAUUUCUCUAACUUCAAUUGGCAUUUAUUAAUCCUACUAACCUCAAAAUAAGACAUUACUCUACUCAUUUCUCUUCAUUUUUAGUUUUACUCUUAAUAUUGCAAUACUAAUUUAAAAUAGAAUAGUAUCCAUCAUGAAGUCUUAGGCCAAUACAAUGACUUUUUGUUAACUUUAUCAUUUCACUUAUGUGUAACACAUACAUGAUCCUUAUGAGCUUUUGCAAUUUAAAAUCUACUAAUAAAUCCAUAGUCAAAAUUGUAAUGAAUUAAAAUGCUCAUGUAAGAAGAAUAAGACCAUUACUUCAGAUGUUGAUUUAUAAAAAAUAAUUUCAAUUUGUUUCAGAAAUUUGAUUGCAAAUUUAAAAAAUGAAAUGCUUAUAAUGUAUUACAUUUCCUAUUUACAUGAAGUUACUCAUAAUCUAAUUCAAGCUUAUCAACUAAUUUUAGCUCAUAAGUUUUCCAUCUAAAAUUAUUAUUAUUAAACUAUACUUUAAAUGUUAGAAACUACAAUAUAGAUAUAAAUAAAUAAGCAACUCUCUCAAUUGGAUAAUAGGAACAAUUUUAUCGAAGAAAUAAAACUGUUAAAAUAUGAUGGUAUUAUUAUUUAAACAGAAUUACAGAAAAUAGUAGAAUAGAAAAUACUACUAAAUGUUGGUCUCAAAGAAGGCAGGAUAAUCAAUUUUUAAUAGUUAUACUAUAAGUUGUUGAGUCUAAGAUAAAUGACAGCGAAUGUAAUCAAAUUAAGUAAGAAUAUGAAAAUUUACUAAAAUAAUAAGACAAAUAAUAUUUUUUCAUUAAGAAUUAGCUUACUUUUAUCAUAUUUAACCUAAAAUUUAAGAGAAUAAUAUGAGAUUUAUUGUAAAAUUAAUGAAUUAAUUUAAAGUGAAAUUUACUAAGAAGAGGAUUUCUUUACAAACAUAUCUUUUUCAUCUAAUAAUGGAAUCUAUUUGACUGCAGCUUUCAAAGAAAAUGGUUAGGUGACACAAAUGCUGACGACUAGGUAGAAAAAGUUCUUAGAUUUGGAUGACAAUUUUGAACUUACUCAUAUUUCUUAACUUCUUCAUCUUUCUCUAGGUCUAGUCAUAGGUAAAUCCAAAUUUAUUGGAAAGUAAAUAGAUACUACUAUAAGUCUACCAAAUAAAAACUUAAUGUAAAUAAAAUUAAUUUUGUAGCCAUAUUUUCCGAGUCAAAAAUUGAAUUAUUUUUAAUUAAUAGCUUUUAUUUGUAAAAAUGAAAUAGGAAACCAUGCUAUAAUACAUCUAGAUUUAUCAUUCAAUAUUAUGUCUGUUAAUAAAACCUUUCAAAGAUUUCUUGAUUAAUAUCAACUUACUGUUAACAAAAUUAACAUCUUUAAGAUGAUUCCAACUCUAAAAGAAAGCUUGAUUAAAUUUCAUUCUCAAACCAAUGAGAGUAAAUCAAUUUAUGUUUAAAAUUAAAUCAUUUAGGUUAGCAACUGUUAUUCAAAUAAUACAAACAGCGCUAAUUACAAUAUCUAAAAAUCACUCAAUUAGAAUCAAUAAUCAAAAUUAAUAAAUAGUUUAACUUCUUAAACUGAAUAAUCAACUAUAAAUGAUGAUACUAAAUAAAUUGAUUAUGAGAUAUCGAUGUGUGUUAUUCACUAUGAAUUUGAAGAGGAAAAGGAAUACUACAUUUAUUAUAAACUAAUCAUAGAUUUGGCUUAGAUUCAUUAAGAUCAUAAAUUAGAUCAAACACAUUGCGUGAGUUAAGAUAAGAAGGAAAGAAGAGAACAUAUGCAAUAAAUGAGUAAAUCUAAAUCCCAAGGGAAACAUGAUCUAUUAAGAUCUCUGCAUUCUUAAACCAGCACAACAAGCGCAAUAAAAUAAGGUGACCAACUUUUAUAAUAAAUUUCAUCAUCUUCAUUACCUUCAUGUAUAAUUAACUUCUUAUUGGUAUCUACAUUAAAUGUAAUAAUUUCUAUUGCUUCAAUGAUUAUUAUUUAUUUAUUGUUAAUAUCAAAGAGGAGUUAAUAGGAUGUAUGUUUUGAUAGACUAUUUUAUGGCACUGAAUUUCUAGAUUAUUAUGGACUCAUUUUGAAAGGUAGUAGACAUACAGUUUUUUAUAGAGAUUUUCAUAAGGUUGUUAAGGAUGAGCAGAAAAUUGAACUAAUGCAAGAUUCAGCCUCGGUUGUAAUUACUGAUAAGAUAACUUUAUCAUUGAAUCUUUAUUAAAAGAACUGCUAGCAAUUGAUAAAUCUUUAUGAGAAUUAUAUCAAAUAUUUAGAUAGUUAUUAAGAAUAAAAGUCAAUCAGUUUCAAGUAUGUCGAUUAUUUUAUAACCAAGACAAAAGUAUAAGAAGUUGAAACAUAAGCAAAAUAUUAUGAAAUGAUGAAUCAAUUGUUUUAUUUAGCAAUUAAAACUUUUGCUGGUGAUCCAUCUAAUUAUUUGACUGGAAGUGAAGAUACUUUUCCAUAAAUAAAUACAAGAUCAAUCCUAUUCUUGAAUUUUAAUGAUGUUUGUGAUCUUACUGCCUAAUUUAUAGAAUCAUGUUUAUAGAAUAGCAAAGAAUACAAUAAUUAAUUCGACAAUGAAGUUUAAGUUAUCUUUAUAACCAUUUACAUGAUUCUGUUUAUUUUAUUCGUAUUGCUACUAUGUUUAUUAAUGAGUAUAGUGAAGAAAUUAAGAUAGAUUUUGUAGGUAUAUUUAAGAUUGGAUAAUCGAGAUUUGGAUUCUGAUAUCGAAAUUUUACAAAAUAUUAUUGAAAAUAUUAAAAUAGAGGAAUUUUGGUUUAAUACUAAAUUUUUCAAUCAAUUUUACGAGAAAUCAUAGGAAACUUCAUUUCCAAUAGAGCCAUAAUUGAAAAAUACCAAUUUGAAAUUAGAAGACAAAUUCAAUAUAGGAUACUAUUAGAUUCUCUAGAUUUUGGUUUUUGUAUUCAUAUUCCUAUUUUUAUUGAUCUUUUAGUUACAAUAUAUAAGUUAUUCAAAUGAAAUAAAUCCAAUUGUAAAUUAGGCAUUAUCAGCAGUUUAAAUAAGACUUAAUUUCAUAGAGUUAAUAAAUAAUUGGGAUGUCUACAAUCACAAAAUGUUUUACUAGACAUUUUACAAUAAUGAAAAGGAGAAUAACAUAAUGAAUUAAAAUAUAAAGAGUGACUAUUCAAUAUUUUCAUUAAUUGAAAUUAAUGAAACUAAAUUAAAUAAUUCAAUUUCACAUGCAUAACAAGAACCAUUUACAAAUGUGACUGAGAAUCUGAAUGAUUACUAAAAGGAAAGUCUUUUGAUAAAAGAUAUUUGUUUGGUUUUUGACUGUUCGAUGAAGAAUGAUAUAUUUGAAAAUAGACUAUUGUCUGAUCAUUUGGAAAAUUACUUUUCAGUAGGAUUAAUUUAGCUCUACUAAUAAACUAUUUCAGUAGUGAACAACUUGGGAUUAAUAAAUAAUACGCAUUAGAAUAAUUACUUUUUGGAUUAAUUAUAUUCCAAAGAAUACUUUGUUUAUAUAUUUUGGGGAUUGGAUGCUACCAAUUAUUAAAUAAAAUUAUUUUCCGAUUUCUUCAUAUCUUUGGCAAAAGAGAAGUUGAAUUUAGAAACUCGUUUUAUUCUUUACCUGCUUAUUGGUUUAGGAAUAAUGAUAUAAUUGCUAAUUGUAGUACUAAGUUGUGGAUUAGGAUAUCUUGUGAUUAACAAUUACAACAAUCUAAAGUAUUGUUUAAGAUUCAUUCCUUUGAAAACAUUGAUACAAAAGAAUAUUAUUAAAUAGAUUAAAUUGAUAAUUUGA